GUUGUGAAAUCCGAUGUUACGACACAUGGUUGAUCAUGAAAUUUUGUGAAAUACAGUGCAAUAUUUACACACAAAACAACCGUUAAAUACUGCUGUAGAAAUAUCCAAGAGACACAAUUUAGCGGGUCAAUUUUUGUGAGUAGUAAAACGCAUAUAGUUACGCCACAUCAUGUCAACUGAAGACUCCAGUACAGUCAAAUCUUUGUAUCGUGACAUCAAUGCAGAUGAUGAGGACCCUGAGAUUAUGGAGAUUGAGAGCUACUGUGUAAAUUGUGAACAAAAUGGAAUGACUAGGCUGUUUCUGACCAGGAUUCCAUUCUUUAAGGAUGUUCUUGUGUCCUCAUUUACUUGUGAUAAUUGUGGUCUUCACAACACUGAGCUGCAGCCUGGGGGCAAGAUUCAGGAAAAGGGGGUCAAAUUUGUCUGCACUAUUAACACCGUCAAGGAUUUAAACAGACAAAUAGUGCAAACAAAUUAUGCAACGGUAUCCAUUCCAAAGCUGGAAUUUGAGUCUCCACCCAACAAAGGAGUACUGACCACAGUAGAAGGCUUAAUACAGCGAGCAGUAGAGGGCCUGUUGCAGGAUCAACCAGUUCGUAAAAUUCAACAUCCAGAAGUAGCAGCUCAGAUUGAUUCCUUCAUAGACAAACUGAAGGACUUAAAAGCUGUGAAGGAACCAUUCCAGAUUGUUUUAGAUGAUCCCAGCGGAAACAGUUUUAUAGAGAAUCCCUUUGCCCCUAAUGUUGACAAAGACAUGACAAUUCAUCACUACAAAAGGUCCAGAGCACAAGACGAUCAGCUAGGGUUGCUAGAGCAAGAAAAAGCUGAGCAAGAACCAGAAAAGGGAGAAAACCCAGAAAUCUCUGAUGAAGCUUUGUUUGAUGCCAAAAGUGAGGUGGCAACUUUCAGGUCAAAUUGUCCAAGCUGUAAUGUGCCAUGUGAUACAAAUAUGAAAAUGGUCGAUAUUCCACAUUUCAAAGAAGUCGUCAUUAUGGCCACAAUUUGCAAUGCCUGUGGUUACAAAGACAAUGAAGUGAAAGGAGGGUCAGGAAUUGAGCCCAAAGGGACAAAGAUCACCCUGAAAAUAACUGACCCCUCUGACAUGUCCAGAGAUGUCCUGAAGAGUGACACUGCCUCCAUGAGAAUCCCAGAACUAGACUUUGACGCUGAGAUGGGGACCCUAGGAGGGAAGUUCACGACCCUGGAGGGACUGCUGGAGAACAUUAAGGACCAGCUCAGUGAUUCCAAUCCAUUCUUUGGAGGGGACACCUCAGACAAAAAAACAGCUGAUAAAAUCGAGUUAUUUUGCAAGGAAAUACAAAAGAUUAUUUCUGGAGAGAGACUCGGAGAUCAUUUUAUCUUGGAUGACCCUGCAGGAAACAGCUAUUUGCAGAAUGUCUAUGCACCAGACCCUGAUCCCGAAAUGACUGUGGAGCAGUAUGAGAGAAAUUAUGAACAGAAUGAGGAUCUGGGACUAAACGACAUGAAAACCGAAAACUACGAAACAUCAUGACCUUUCACACUUGGAUUCGGUGACAAAACAUUAAACCUUAGUUCUUUGAAUCAUAAAAGUAUCUUGUUUGACUUUUGACGAUGCUGCCAAAUGAUGACGAGAGGAAUAAUUGUAGUGAACUCUAAUAUUUAAAGAAACAGAGGAAUGUUAAAUUUCUAUGUGCGGGGCUGCUUUCAAGAUCUUAGACUAGCUACUAGAUCCUAGAUGUACAGUUCUAUUGAUCUGAAAUGCCAAUUUACCUACUAGGUAUCAGGUUAUAAGAUUUUAGGACACAGUUAUUUGAAUUUAAGUGGUAAUAUACUGUGUAUGAAAGUAUUCAAUAAAUUGUAAGAGAGGAUGGAGACAAUAUGGAAAUCUGUAUACACCUAAAAUGACACCAUGUGGUAACUAAGGUUACCGUCUUAGAUUUGGUACUUAGUAUAAAAAGACCCCAUCCUCACAAGUCAAGGUUUUGUGAUUGGAGAGUACAUAAUCACAAAACCUUGACUUGUGAGGAUGAAAAAAGACCCCAACAAGCUUCUUUUCCCUAUAUAGCCAGAGCUAAAAAUAAAACUGAAAGACUAGCUUGAGAGACUGGGAGAUCACGUGGUCUUGAAUGACUUAGCUGGAAACAGCUGUGUGGAUCUUGAGAGCAGUCCUGAUUCUGUAUCAACGGUAACCAGAUUUACAAUUGUGACAUUUCUCAAUGACAUUGUAAAUGUGUACAUAUUUUGGUAUUUAAACAGUACUGUUAUUUAGAGAAAAAUCAAGUCAUACAUGCACAAUGUAUUAUCAUAUUUGUUUUCAAGGUCACUUCAGUAUCUUUGGUGACCUUUUGAAGUAUAUUGGAGGAGGGGUGUCACACAUUUUAAAACAUUUUGAACAUGUUUUGCAAAGUCUCUAAAUGCAAUGUAAUGUACCGGUAUAUUGGAGAAAAGGAACAGAAAUUGUAAUUGUUCUUCAAAUGUCAGAAACAUCAAGUAUGACCUUACUCAAAACAUUUUCAAUAAUUAAUAUAUCCUGAAGUUGUACUGUACUGUUUCAGCAAAAUUAAACAGGACAGAUAGAAAAAUCGCACAAAGUGAAUGGACGUUAAAUUUUUUUUUUUUUUUUUUUUUUGCAUUCUGUCUCUUUGUCUAACAUUUUUUUGUGUCCAUGUAGGUAACUAGCUGCAGAUCUGCAGCUCUCUGGGAAAUUAUCGGGUUCUGUCCCAAUUUCCCAGAGAGCUACAGAUUUGCAGCUAUUGGUGAACUUGAAUGUUUUAAACUGUGUAAAACAUUCAGUAUACAUGUAUAUAUCAAUACCUCCAUUGAGAAAAUUGUUUCCUACAGGUGCUUGUCUGUGCUGUGAGAAUCGCUAAUUGGAUUUCAUUAAAAUUUUCACAAAAGA